AGUAAACCAGAUCACAUCAUGCCUAUUAUAUUACCAGGGAAGUUAAUACAUUUCCUAAAAGCGGAUGAUGGUAGCGUCAGUCUAGUAUGCAUCAUCCUAAAUGCGUCCAUUAUGCAAUUGAUUUUCGGUAUCAUUUGUAUAAGUCUUGGUAUAGCCGCAAUCGUCAUCAAAAUACCUGCGUAUCACACUGGUGACCCAAUUUGGACCGGAUUGCUGUUUUAUGUAGUAACAGGAUUACUGGGCGUACUAACUUGGAGAUUUCAAAAGCACGGAUUGGUUGUGAGUUACCUCGUCAUGUCCAUACUAUCAGCGUUUGCAUCACUUCAAUUAAUGGCGAUUGUAGCAUUUGCUAUGCGAAUGGAAUGUUUCGAUGACCGGAGUGGUUUAUCUACGGAGCAAUCACUUCGUUAUGAACUAUAUUUUCAUCAAAUAAAAGCUAGUAACGAAGACGGGUUCUCAAAAUCAGAGCGCCUUGCACUGGAAAUCUUGAUUUUAUUUGUAGCUUUCAUAGAGAUGGUAUUUGUGAUAAUAAUGGCGGCUAUUACUUGCAGACUUUGGCCAACAAAGACUACAGGGAAGCAAAAAGACGAUACUACCGUUAGGGACAAUAAAAAUGACUUUGAUCUGAAAAGCGAUACCACAGAGAAGCCAGCAUUUAACUAUUGAUUAGUCGUUUUGUUUUCCGUUAACGCAUUGGACCAUACGACAACUGACUGAGGCCUAUUGGAAAUUACUGUUACGGAAGUUCAAAUUGUCUGGAGUGACUCUUCUUCAAUAACAAGUAUAGGCCCUAUUUCGUUCAAAGCUGGAAGACUAGAAAUAGUACACAUGCUUCCAUCGUAACUUUAUACUAACCCACAAAACAACCCAAGUACUUGUGGGAUGUGCACACUGUUCUGAUUUGUCAGUUAUUAAUUUUUUACACUCCGUGUUUUUGGUUCCACCAUAGAGCAAAGAAACAGAUGGUUCCACUGCGGAUGCGUGUUGUUGAUGGCACUGUGGGGCAAGUUAUAAAAUCGGACAAAUCCCAAUAGACCUUUCCGCUAAGCCCCGCCCCUUGGAUAUUGUUGCUAAGGUCCCACGCUUGUUUACACGGCAGGAGUUUACCGUGAUGAACGCGUUUAUCCGUUGAUAUAGGUGUUCCGUGUAAACGGUGUUAGUGCAAACUCCGCGUAACGGAUCAGUAACCGGGAUGAUCCUCAUCGCAGGUGUUCGUAUCCCUGGCCCUGUUCUGAUUAAUCAGUUGAUAAGUUUGAUUGACCCUCCGGACAGCUCCAUUGAGCAAGGCUUCAUGGAGAAUGUAGUAUUCUUGGUUAAAACCACAUUAUGGCCAUUAUAUUUAAAAGUAUAUAAUAGUCUUGAUAAAUGUUGUACACAAUAAAUAUAAUUAAGACAUUAAUGAAGACUGAAUCCUGAUUAAUGAAUGUAGUAUUCUUAGUUGAAACCACAUUAUGACCAUUAUAUUUAAAAGUAUAUAAUAGUCUUGAUAAAUGUUGUACACAAUAAAUAUAAUUAACACAUUAUUAUUAAGACUGAAUCGUGAUUAAUGAACUGAACACAUUUAAUUAACUUAAGCUUAUAGAAUACUGUAUAGAUUUAUCUGCUUGGUAUUGGGGUAUUUGCUGAUGUUUUACCAAGAAUUUGUAAAUAAAGUUUAGUAUUAAAUUAAAAAUAUCUAGUUAUUAAGAGGAUUGAAACCUGUAUUAAUGACUGAUAUUAAUUUUACAGUAUAUGCAAAUGUUUAUUAACCUAGUUAACAGAGUUCAAUUUUUUUAAUCUGGUCAACAAAGUGUACAGUAGUUAAUAAAGCCAUGCUCCGGAGGAAAUAUUUUUUUUUUUUUAUAUCUUGUAAAACUGACUUUUCUAAGACACAAAAAGCAUACCGUAAAGCCUCGAAUUGAAGCCACGGACUUUUAUGUUGUAUCUUAGAAAUUCACGUACCGUGUAUAUACUGUACUAUCUCG